CUACCUUGUAACUCUCUGUCUCACAACUACUAGUUCAAUAUGUCCACAGCACAUAGACCGACAUGGGACCCCGCACAGGCGAAAGAUGUCAAAGGUGGCUCGCGCCAGUUCUCGGUACGGGACAUGGCUGCUCAUACGAAGUUGAAGUUUCGUCAAGCAGGUCAAACAUCUACUGACGAAGUAAAGAAACGCGACCUCCGCACUGAGCUACUCGAAGCAGAGAUGGAAGCCCGUAACAAGAAGCGAAAGGCAGAAGGUAAACCAUUAGAAGAGGCGCCGAAGUCGGCUGGGGCGAUUACGGCCGGUGGUGAGGAUGAGGAGGCAAAUAAGCGGAGGAAGCUGCUGCAACAGGCGCUGGAGAUGGACAAAGACGAGGAUAGCGACAGUGACGAGGAUGAGGGGAAGGAGAAAGGAGAUGGAGAUGGAGAGAAGGCGAAAGGGAAGGGAAAGGAGAAGGAGAAGGACAGUGAUGAGAGUGACUCAGAUGAAGAUUCAGACGAAGAAGAUGACACUGCCGAGCUCCUUCGCGAACUGGAAAAAAUCAAACGCGAACGGGCGGAAGAAAAGGAACGGCUCGAGCGAGAACAGAAUGCUUCACAACAGGCUGAACGGGACGCCGAAAUCGCGACAUCGAAUCCACUGUUGAACCUGGCUGCAGCUUUGGGACAGGGUCCGAAUAAUGGAGUGGGAGUUAGCACGACGGCGCCAGGGACGUUUGCUGUGAAGAGGAGAUGGGACGAUGACUUGAUCUUCAAGAACCAAGCCAUUAGCCAGCGAGACAAGGACAACCGAAAGGGCGAAUUCGUGAACGAUCUUCUCCGGACAGAGUUCCACAAGAAAUUCAUGUCGCGCUUCAUCAAAUGAUUACAUUCGUUCUUCUGUCUAUUUUGGCUCCUUCGCGUUGUAUAUCUGUAUAAUCUCUAUUUCUUUGCGUAUCGACAUUUUUACCGUUGUGGCACCUUUGCG